AUGAGUCUCCAGAGACCUAUGUUAAAGGAGUGCGAGAUUCGAAUUGAGCCGCUCCCACCACCGGAUGUAGGUUCCGUUGAUCUGUUUUAGGUAGACUGUAGUGUCGAAAGAUGCUCCGCAAAUUUAUUGAAGAGUAUUUUAGUCGAAUCUAAAAACUAAAUAUUAUUUAAUGAAACCUUAUUUUAGCCGAAACUCAAAGGAAAAAUUGAUGUCCGAUCUUAUCCAUGGGCCGAACAGAGACGGCGGAGAAUUUCGGUAAGAAAUUCGGUAAGAAAACAGGUUCCGCCCGUCGUUCUUGAAGAACCUGUAGAGCCCCCGGCACAGUUCCCAGUGGAGAGGAUUGUGAAUAUAAGUAAACAUAAAGGACAGGUCUUGUACUUGGUCAAAUGGGUCGGAUUUCCUUUCACACAGUGUUCGUGGAUCAGUCCAGAGGAUUUACAGGGAGAUCAGAAAAUAGUAGGUGUUCUUUCAUCAAGGUUUAUUGUUUUUAGUUGGAAGAAUUCAAACGUCGUCUGGUUAUCGCUGCAAGGAUCAUGGGACUUAUCAAUGAUGAACAUAAAAAGAGAGUUGAAUUCGUCGCUGAGCGGGAGAUUGAUCUUGGUCAUAGGACUUCGAAAAUCAUGGAAUUCCGUUAUGAGAAUUAUUACUUUCCACUUUAUGGCAAUCCGGACGUAAAUUACAUCUAUCAACGGAGAUGUUUGAAAUGGGAGACCGACAUGAAUUUGUUGAACCGGAAAAAAGGGCACGCUCCGAUCUACGUUGAGAAUUGGGUGGACGAAGAGGCGAAGCCGGAGGGUUUUGUAUUUGUUCUUGAGUAUAUUUACCACACCAGUGCCGAGGGUAUUAUCAAGAAGAAUCCCAAUCCAGCUCAUUUAGCAUGCACCAAGAAGAAGCAUUGCUGCUCGAAUUGGUACAAGAAGAACUGUCUGCAGUCCAAAUUCUUCAACGAGCAUCUCAAAGAGUGCACUCCAAUCUGUGGUUGUGGGCCUGGCUGUAAGAACAGGUAUACUCAGGUGGGUCGGGUCGAUUGAAUAAUGUUGUGUCAUCGGUUUAGAAAGGUCGACGGGUUCCUUUGGUCUUGUUUCGCACUGUGGACCGAGGUUGGAGUGUUCGCGCCGCCGUGGACAUGAGAAAAGGGACUUUUGUUUCCGAGUAUUUUGGAGAGAUUAUCAGUCCGGCUGAGAUGUGGAACAGGGAAGUCUCCACGUACAUGUUCGACAUUUAUUUCGAUGAGGUGGCACCAGCACCGAAGAAAAAAGGCAGAAGAAGGAAAGCAGGAGCAAAUGCGCGGAAGAGAGCAGCGAGAAAAAGGGCGGCGCUGAAACGGCAAGCGAUUGAUGAACAACGGGAAUCUCCGAAGACGAAUGAAAAUGAAGAGGAAGGAGAAGUGGAACCAGUGCCGAGUGCGGAAACGGAAGAGAAGAGUCAAGAGGAAGAAAUGGAAGUGGAGGAAACCCAGGAAGAAAGUCAAGAAGAUGAUGGGGAAAGUAAAGAUGGGAGCGAAGGUGAAGAGAGCCAGGAAGAGGAGGAGCCGAUGGAUCAACAACCCUCCGCCAGCGAAGCGUUGAUUCAGCGUGUUUCUUUUUCCGACAGCACGGAUUUAGAGAAACUUUGUAAGCUGAAAGAAUUUAGUGGAAACAUUACUGUGUGUUUCUCAGGAUAAUAUUUUUUAAAAUUUUAGAUGAAACGUUUGCUGUGAGUGGGGCGGGGACGGUUAGCAGUCCGACAACAUCUGAUCUGAAUCGAACACGAAUCAUCUCCACAUCUUCUCCCAACAGAAGCGAUCUUAGCGCAUGCUUCGCUGAUGUUAAUCUUCCAAGUCCGAUCUCCAAGAAUGUCACGGCUCACACUUCUAACGUUCACAUUGGAUCGAGUGGAGAUGGUUUUGGAAAAAACAAUGUCGAUCAAGAACAACGACAAUAUGAAGAAUGUCGGGGACAUCGUUUGGUUGAUUAUUCCAGUUCCAGUGAUGACACUAUUAAGGGUGAUGAAACCUUCGUGAUUAAACCUGAAAGUGGAGGGGAAAAGGAAAGAAUUGAUGAUAAAGUAGAAGAAGAGAAGAGAGACGACGAACGAAUGUUCCAAGAGCUGACGAUUGUCGAUCCCACACCCACUGAAAGUCCAGGCUCUCAGCCCGAGGAAGCCCCGAUGCCCGAGGAAACGACUAUUCAGCCGGAAGAAACGUCGGCAAAUCGCAGCUUCUGCAACGGUAGGUUUAGCUCUUGAAUGGUGUUAGUGUUUAGAAAAAUGGGACAAAUUUAUCUGUUUCAGCCUCAGCCGCGAACAACAGCGGAGCUUCGAGCACCACCAACCCGGAUCUGAUCAUCGACUCGAACACCUUCGGAAAUGAAUCCAGAUUCUUCAACAACUCCUGUAAUCCCAAUAUGAUCGCAAUGAAAGUAUUCAGUGACUGUUACGACCGUCGAAUGCAUAGAAUCUGCUUUUUCACCAACAAGGAUGUCCGCAGAGGUGAGUACGGCUCGCAGUAUAAAUUAGUGUUCCUGUUUCUAGGUGAAGAACUGACCUUCAACUACUACGCUGGCAAGCAGCCCGAGGGGUUCACAACUAAUUUCCAUUGUCUUUGUUUGCACGAGAACUGCAUUAGCCGUGACUACUAG